GUAGAACCUGUUUGGUGGCUAUGCGUGCAACUAUCUGACAGAAACUUCAUCCAAGUGAGCAGGUAUGAGAUAGUCACAUUCAUUUGGAGUUUGGAAGUGUCAACAUCAGCUGCCGCAGAUACACUCACAUGAACAACAGUGGAUCACCUGAGAACUGGUUUUCAUGACAUGUCCAGUAUUUAAAACUUAGAAAUGAUGAAUGGUGAAAGUCAGACUCUUGCUCUCUCGGAGAGUGUGGUUUUGGAGGACACGGAUGAAGGAGGCGUCAUCGUCACGGGUGUUAGAAAUCCUGCAGUUAAUCUGAGAAAAGGUGACCAGCUUGUUGCUGCCACCAUUCACCUUGAUCAUCUCAGUAAAGACGAUGUACUGAAGCUGAUCAAAAUCAUUGAGCCUUAUGACAAGAACCUUGAACUUAAGACUGCAGGAGAUCUGAAUGCAGGGCUGUCUCUUGGAGAUCUUCGAUUGAACAGUGGGGCAGGACUUCAAGCACCCGGUGUUCGUGUCAAAGGACUAAAUGGAGGAAUAAAUGCACCGAACCUCAAGGGUGGAAUCUCAACCCCCACAAUAAAUGGAGAAAUGCCAAAUGUUGAGCUAAAUGAAUCCACACCUAACUUCAGCGUUCCAAAGUUCACAAUGCCAACUUUUGACCUGCCAAAGAUCAAAGGUUCAGGUUUGGAUGGCACAGUUGAAGCACCUGAUGUCAGUGUCUCCACCCCUAAACUAAACACUCCAGAUGUUUCUGUCAAUCUGGACAAACCUGAAUUGACCACCAAAUCCCCCAAGUUUAAGAUGCCCAACUUCAAUUUACAUACCAAAAAACCUAAGUUUGAUGGUGAUGUGAAUUUAACUGCCCCAGACUUAAACGCUGAUCUAAAAACCCCUGAUCUGAGUCUAUCAGCCCCCACGAUUAAUGGAGACAUCAACUCCCCUGAAAUAGACGUGAACUUGCCCAAAACUCACCUAAGUGGCCCAGAUCUAAACAUUGAAUCACCAAAAGCCAAUGUCGAGGCCCCAUCUGGCAAGUUCAAAUUCCCCAAAUUUAAGAAGAAAAAUGCAAAAGUAAAACUACCAGAUGUGGACGUUGAUGCAGAUCUCAGUACACCAAAGAUAAAUGCAGAUGUCAGUGCCCCAAAUGUUGACAUGGAUCUGCCAGGAGUAGAUAUAGAUGUUCCAUCUGGCAAAAAGAGGUGGCCGUUUAAGAAAAAGGUUAAAGCACCGGAAGUUGACUUGGAUGCAAAUGUCUCGACACCUGAUCUUUCAGCACCAAAGAUAGGAGGAGGAAUCAGCACCCCAGACCUAAAUGUGGCUUUACCAAAAGCAGAACUAAAGACACCCAAUGUUGAUUUAAACGCACCUGAUGUGGACAUUCAUGCUCCAUCUGGAAAGCACAAAUUCCCUACCAUUAAAAUGCCAAAGAUUAACUUACAUAAACCAAAGGUGAAAGGUCCAGAUCUAGACGCAGACAUACAGACACCGGACUUUAACUUGUCAUCUCCUAAUGUAGAUAUUGAUCUGCCAAAAGCUAAACUGGAUGGUCCAGAUCUAGAUGUCAAGGCACCAAACCUUAACCUCUCUGCACCAAAAUUAAAGGGCGGUAUUUCUUCACCAGAGCUGGACAUUGAAUCUCCAAACAUUGAUGUGGAUGCACCAGAUGUUGAUCUGAAAGCUCCAUCUGGAAAGCUUAAGAAACCCAACUUUAAAAUGCCAAAAAUAAAUCUUUCUGGGGCAAAAGUGAAAGGGCCUGAUGCAAACCUAAAUGCACCAAAUGUUGAUGUCUCAGUCCCUGAUGUUAACCUGAAAGCACCUAAAGCAGAUUUCCAAGGGCCUGACCUAAAUCUGUCAGCACCCAAAUUGAAGGGCAAACUUGGAGCUCCAGAUGUAGAUCUGGACUUGCCGGAGGCUCAUAUUAAAUCCCCAGAUUUAAACCUCCAAGCACCAGAGAUAGAUUUAAAUUCUCCCAAUGUAGACAUCAAUGCCCCCUCUAGCAAAGGCAAAUUUCCUCAUAUUAAAAUACCUAAAUUUGGUCUCAGUGCACCUAGGGUGAAAGCACCUGAUGUAGAUGUGAACAUGCCUACAGGAGAACUCAAGGGGCCUGAUCUAGAUUUAAAUGCACCUGAUCUGAGUCUAAAUUCUCCAUCUUUAGACUUUAAUUUGCCAAAAGCUGACUUGAAAGCUCCAACUGCGAACAUUGGUGGAAAUAUAAAAUCACCAGGUCUCAAUCUCUCCACACCAAACGUAGACCUAAAUUUGCCAAAAGCACAUCUCGAAGGGCCUGAUGCAGACCUGAAAGUCCCAGAUGUUGACAUUAAUGCUCCAUCUGGAAAAUUGCCACAUUUUAACAUGCCAAAAUUGAAUUUAUUUGGACCAAAACUGAACGGCCCAGAGCUGGAUGCUAAUGCAGAUUUGGAUGUCUCAGUUCCCAAAAUCGAAGGAAAACUGAACGCACCUGGUGUUGAUCUGAACCUUCCCAAAGCUGAAGUUAGGGGACCUGAUCUAAACGCAGCUUUACCAAAAGCUGACGUAACUGUUCCUAAUCUAGAUUUUCAGACCCCAGACUUUGAGGCUCCAUCUGGGAAGUUUAAACUGAUCUCAUUGAAGAGACCAAAAUCUAAUCUUACUGCUCCAGGUCUGACAACCCCUGACAUUGACCUAAAUGCAGAAGCACCUGAUCUAAGCCUCUCUGCACCCACAGUAAACACAGAUUUCAAAGUUCCAGAUGUUGAUGCAAAGCUUCCCACAGCAGAUGUUGACAUUAAUGCUCCCAAAGCAAAGAUGAAAUUCCCAACACUUAAAAAGUUCAACUUGUCCGGCCCUAAAGUCAAAUCUCCCGAUCUUGACCUUUCUGCUGACGUAGGCGGACCAGAUCUAAACCUGUCUACACCUGAGAUUGGUACUCCUGAUUUCAACCUCUCUACACCUAGAAUAGAUGCAGAUGUCAAGGUUCCAGAUGUUAAUGCAAGGCUUCCCACAGCAGAUGUUGACAUUAAUGCUCCCAAAGCAAAGGUGAAAUUCCCAACACUUAAAAAGUUCAACUUGACCGGCCCUAAAGUCAAAUCUCCCGAUCUUGACCUUUCUGCUGACGUAGGUGGACCAGAUCUAAACCUCUCUACACCUGAGAUCGGUGUUCCUAAGGCUGACGUGAGUCUGCCCAAUGCUGGGGUCGAUGUUGAUGUUCCAGGUGUCAAUGCUGAUAUCGAGGGUUCCAAACAUAAGUUCAAAUGGCCGUUCAGUUGGCGAAAAUCUCAUUCAAAAGACGGGGACAUCACCGUUAACACACCAGAAGUAGAUGGUCCCACAGCAGAAAUGAAAUUUCCAGAAUACAUACCUAAAUUUAAGUCACACAACUUGCCUCCUAUUAGUAGCAUUGACAACGCUUUGGAAGAGCUCACUGGAGCGGUUGACCUCAGUGCUGACCCUACAAAAGAAUUGGCUGAUGCCAUGGCCUCCUCAUCACACAAGACAAAUUGGAGAUCUCCAUCUGCUGGGGUUAAUGGACAAUCAUCUGCUGUAGACGUUCUAGAAAGGCUGAGGUUGUCUAAAGCACGUAACGAAAGCUCUGAACAAGACAACCCUAUUAAAUUGAACAGAGGAACAUUUAAAGUUACAAAGCCUGACGCUGAUAAGGACUACCCGGUGGUGGAUUCUACUAGCGAGGGAGAUGAUAAAACAGCCAAGCUUUCCUUAAGCUUGAACAAUAUGCUUGGUUUGACAACGGAUUAGAGGUGAAAUAAAUCCUUGCGAAACAGGAGUCUGAUACUGCUGACUCCACGCCACCUUCACGUAGUUAAUGCACAUCCAGCUGUUUGGAUUUCCAAAGAAUUGGAGGAUGAUGAUUGGAGAAUGCAUUAAUAACAAAGCAUUACAGAAUCUGCAAGAGGUGUAAUUAUUUUUGUAUGAAUGCAGGUAUAUGCGUAAUUGUAUAAAGUCUUCUUUAAAAUAUGAUGCUUGUAUUAUCUUUUUGAAAGGAAGGAAACAUAUGCUAAGCCUGUAAUCCUGACUUUAUUUUCACUGUUUUACAUGUAGUAAUCUAAUAUAUUAUCCUUUGUUUACACUACACUUCUGUUUUUAUAUACAUAAAUAUAACUAUAUAUAUUCAACAGUAUUGUGACUGGGAAAAGUUCACGUUUAUGUCAAACUUGUUAUCAGUUUUAAGUGUUUGUUGAAGCUUGUGUCCUCUGUAAAAUUUUUGCAAAGGCACUAAUCUCAGUUUAAUAAAGUU